AUGUUCUCCAACUGUAGAGAGAUGAUGAUGAUGGACAAAGACGAGCCAUUUGUCCUCAACGAGGUGAAUUUCGUAACGCCAAAGCAGAGUCCUCAAAGCAACCAGACGUGGCCGAUGGAUAAGAUCCGGCAGAGCCGUUUUCAGCAGAAAAUGUCAUCGCUUUCGAGUCCUGUGACUCCUAAAAGUGACAACAGAGUUCGUAGUAACACAAAGUCUCUCCUCCUGCAAUGCUUACGGGAAUCAAAGUCAGAUCCACCACUCCCUCGUAAGCUACCGGCUUCAUACUCGGAUGAUGGAAUCUUGAUGGAUGGUGUUCUGGUCACAUCAGCCACUGCAAAGAAGGUGUCUAGCUCUCUCGGAAAAUCACCACGCUCUUCAAUCUUCCAGAGCCUGCACAAGAAUGUAGAGUUUAGCAGUCCUAGAAGCGAAUCAGGACGAAACCAGGAAACCACUGGGUCUCAGCAACAUUCAGCUGAAAAGAGAAAGAUGUUGGAAAGUACACCAAAGGUUUCUACUUCACAACACUUUCUGUAUCAGGAUUCUGAAGAAUCAAAACCACUUCUCUCAUACGCUUUUAUCAGUCCUAGAAGCGAAUCAGGACGAAACCAGCAGGAAACCACUGGUUCUCAGCAAGAUUCAGCUGAAAAGAGAAAGAUGUUGGAAAGUACACCAAAGGCUGCUAAUCCGUCAAAACUGCAAGCUUCUGCUGAGCCAUUCAUCCUCACACCAAGACAAGCUUCUCCUUUUCCAUCCCAGCAAUUCCCAUAUGAUCACUUUAAUCCUCUGUUUCCACGGACUCAUCCUCUUCACUUGCAGCCGUACCCAUUCUUGCACCUGGCUCGGCCUCCGUUCUACGGUUAUCAGAGACCACCACCUCUUCCGGUCUUACCCCAUGAGUCCGAACUCUAUCAGUUAGGUCCCACUGGCUACCUAAAAGAGCAAGCACCAAUCGUAAACAAGCCUUUUCAGCUAGAUUCUGUGACCAACUUUCCAAGUCUCACUGGCAACCCAAAACCAACCACAAAUAACGACACCAUAAUCCCACUACUUCCCACAACACCUUCCUCUAGCCACCCAAACACUAACACCACACCUCUCCGCACUCCCAUAUCUACUCCUUGGACAGCCAAUCUCAGCACCAGUACUGUUGAUGGACUCGAAACCGUGACAAAAGAACUAGACUUGCCUUCACCUUCUGAUGAGCUUAAAACAAUGACGCAGGAGCCAGACUUGUCACCAACUGAUGGACUUAAUGCAGUGACGCAAGAACCAGACUUGUCACCAUCUGAUGGACUUAAUGCAGUGACGCAAAAUCCAGACUUGUCAUCACCUUCUGAUGGACGUGAAACAGUGGCGCAAAAUCCAGUCUUGUCACCUUCACCUUCUGUUGGACUUGAAACAGUGACUCAAAAUCCAGACUUGUCACCUUCCGUUGGAUAUCAAACAGUGACGACAAAGAAAGAGUGGUCACCUUCUGAUGAUGGACUCCCAACAUUCACACAGGCUCAAACUGAUUUCAUGAAAUCACUGGGCAGGGUCCUCCCAUAUGAUGCUUUUGAGCGUUACAGAUUCAGAGGAGUGAGAAUGUCAUGUUUCAAACAUCUUUGCUCGGAGGAGGCCAGCAGAAUCUAA